AUGUUAUGUUACUGCAGACUCACUUACAUGUCGAUGUCAUAUUUCUACGGGAAGAAGUUUGUGGGUCGAAUUACACCACUGCUUUUGAAAAUAAGAAGAGAAAUCUACAACCAACCUUAUGAACAAAUCAACUGGGGCGGAGUUCGACAUUUAUGUGCAAAGGAAGAUAAUUACUAUCCACAUGGAGUCACACAAAAGCUUUUAUGGGACGCACUUUACAACUUUGUCGAGCCCUUGUUAUCACGUUGGCCUUUCAAAAGGCUGAGAGCCAAAGCUCUGCAUCGGACAAUGGAACACAUUCACUACGAGGAUGAGAACAGUCGCUACAUCACCAUUGGCGUUGUUGAAAAGUCACUGAACAUGCUUGCGUGCUGGGUCGAUGAUCCCAACGGGCUGGCCUUCAAAAAGCAUCUCGCCAGGAUUUCAGACUACUUCUGGGUUGGAGAGGAUGGAAUGAACCUUCAAAGCUUUGGCAGUCAAACGUGGGACACUAGUUUUGCCCUCCAGGCUUUGCUUGCCUGCAGUGACCUGGUUGAAGAACCUUCAGUCAUGUUUGAAAGAGGACACAACUUCCUGAAGCUUUCUCAAGUAACUGAAAACCCUUCUGGGGAUUUUAAGGCGAUGUUUCGUCAUACGUCAAAAGGUUCAUGGACAUUUUCCGACCGAGAUCAUGGCUGGCCAGUUUCGGACUGCACUGCUGAAAGUUUAAAGUGUUGCUUACUAUUCUCAACAAUGCCUCGUAAUAUCGUUGGAGAUAAAAUUCAAUUCCAAAACCUCAAUGAUGCGGUCGAUAUCAUAUUUUCUCUUCAGAAUAAGAAAAAUGGAGGGUGUUCAGCCUGGGAGCCAUCAGGAGAAAAAUUAUGGUUAGAGUGGUUCAACCCCGUGGAAUUUUUGAAGGAUCUUGUCAUUGAAUACGAAUAUGUCGAGUGCACCUCGUCUUCAAUACAGGCCUUGGUGAUGUUAAGGAAGUUGCACCCAACACAUAGAGUCGAUGAGAUUGAUGAAUUCAUCUUCAAAGCAGUGAAAUUCAUUGAAGACGUUCAACAACCUGAUGGUUCAUGGUAUGGGAACUGGGGAAUAUGUUUCAUUUAUGCUACAUGGUUUGGGCUUGGAGGAUUAGUUGCUGCAGGUAAGACAUACGAGAACUGUGUUGCUAUUCAGAAAGGAGUUUCAUUCCUUCUUGAAACACAACAAGAAGACGGAGGAUGGGGAGAAAGCUAUCUUUCAUGUCCAAAGAAGGAGUAUGUUCCUUUGGCUGGCGGCCGAUCAAACUUGAUUCAGACUUCAUUUGCAUUGAUGGGUUUAAUCCUUGGUGGUCAGGCAAAGAGAGAUCCAAUACCACUUCAAGUUGCUGCCAGGUUGUUGAUCAAUUCUCAAACUGAGAUAGGUGAUUUUCCGCAACAGGAACUUAUGGGAGUUUUCAUGAGGAAUUGCAUGAUGCAUUAUGGCGCUUAUAGGAAUAUUUUUUCCUAUUUGGGCUCUAGCGGAAUACAUGUCUUUCAGUAG